UAAGCGUGGACUUCCGAACAAGCGGUCAUUUUGGGUCCUGCUCAGUGGGUGCUUUCGUAUUACGUGGCGGCACAACUACAUUCCUCGCUUGACUGCCAAAACUGUACAUGUGGGACGCACUAUGUCUGUGUCUGUGCAGACGGCCCCUGAGCAGAAAAGUAAUGCUCCGGAAGCAGAUUCCAAGAAAUCGAAGGCGAUACCAUCCACAGCGAAGAGACGUCUUAGGGGAACAUACACCGAGCUUUUGCUUCCUGUCUAUUUGUCUCCUCUGCUCCUAUUCGGAAAAGAAAGCGCGUGCAUAUAUUGUAUAUCUGUUACCUUGGUGUUUCUUUCCGGAGAUUUGCUUCCUUCAACUUUGGCCGCGUUCUUGCCCAUCGUGCUGCUACCAGUGACGGGGAUUAUGGAACCGAACGAAUUGGCGGCGCCGUACAUGAAUGCAACAGUGCUGUCAGUCACAUUCUUCUUCAUACUUGGAAUCAUUGGAGACGAAACGGCUGCAAUGGAAAAGGUGUGUCUGCAAGCACUUGCCAGCGUUGCUCUGAGACCGCGCGCUGUACUACUCUACCUGCAGCUUAGUGCGCUGGUAUUGGCAGCGGUUGCCCCGUCGGACGUCGUCGCUAUCUUCACGACAGUGGUCGUGGAACGUCUGACCGCUCUCAUCGAGGAAGAAUUCGGCGACGAUCGCGCCUUGUCUCGUCCGAGAACAAGUCGUUCUUCAGAUACGAUAUCUGACGAAGGGUGGCUAAGACGCCAGAGGGCGUCGAGAUUCAACUCCAGCACAUCUCCGCUCGCGGACGUAGCAAUACCAGACGCAACAGUUGAUCACAGCCAUGAUCACAGCGAACUAUCAUGCACCAUCUCUCUGGUACGGCAGUACAAGAUGCAUCCGGAUGCCCACAACGAUGAAACUACGAUUGAUAAGCCGAAGUCUCCACGCAAAACAUCGUUCGAUCCCUUCGAGCGCGGCUCUGAAUCCGGGGUAUGGACUCCGUCGCUUCCAGCUCGCCGCAUUCACUCCCACGGUAUAGAAACGGACACGAAACCAGUACCCAUUCUGAAGUCUCCGCAGCUGUCGCCAAAACCAGCAACGUCAGACACAGCAUCGGUUUGCCUGCCAGACGGCACGAUGUCCCCGACAUCGUUUGGGCUUGUCAGUCCACCACGCUCGGCAUCCAUCUCACCUUCAGUGCACAUAUCAUCAAUCGACGAACCAUGCGCAACGGGCAAGACAUACGGCACUUCAUUGGUCCUACGAUCCCAGAGCUACCGUCGGAGCCUAACUCUGUCGCGGGGAUCACGAAUGACACUUAUCACGCCGCACCGUCGACAAGGGUCGGCUGGUAACCUAGACAGACCGCAAGCCGCGCUCUCCGCCGCCACGUCCCUCAGAGGCGCGCACCACACGGAAGAGUCAGUAGGCAGUAUCGACUCGAGAACCAUGGCCGAAACGUCGGACACUUUGCAAGGGAGUCAGCCGCAGAACAACAGACGGUUUCUGCACUUGAAUAUACGCCGGGGAUACAAGCUGCUACGUCUCAUACAACACGAGCAAGAACGUAUCCUUGGUGACAGGCCUGACAAAAAUGAAAGGUCUCAAAUGACCGACGACGACGUUCGCCACCAUUCGAAGCAGACCACGAACCAUCGAAAACAUCGCGGGUACGCGCUUCUGGCAAGAAAGAUCUUUAUGGCUUCACGUACACCAGUGCGAUCGCUGCUAUCUGGGGGUAAGGCACACGAUGACUGCAGGUGCAUCUCUAAAGGGAUCACUGAACACCAGCCAGCGUCCACAAAAGGACAGAAAGUAAUCGCUCUGUCUCGAAGCGUAAGACCAGCAUUCAUCAUGGGCGCUGCGUUCGCAACGGUUUGUGGGAGUUUGGCAAACUUUUCGGAUGUCCCCUCCAGGAACGCUGUUCUCAACAAUUUGAUGGAAUCAAAACCCGCGGUAAAUGUAACCGCAAUGUCUUGGAUAGCUGUGGCAAUACCUGUUGUGAUUGGUGGAUUCCUCCCAUGCUGGGCCUACGUGUACUGGCACCAUCUUCAACCAUACAAUCAAGUUCUCGAUGAGUGCGUACAACAGCAGAUAUCCAAGUGCGCAAAGGUUCGACUACGGGACUGCGUCAACCGCAGGUUGGAAGAAAUAGUCAUCAUGUACUGGAUGCUAUGGUUUCCGUUCUCGUACACAGUCUACGCCGUUCGGAGCACACACUUACAAUACGUGGAAUGGAUGCUGCUACUGCUGACCGUGUUGGCGAUGAGCAUCAUCCCGAAGAACAACUGGAAGUUCGUCAGCAGGUAUCGCGUGCUUUCAUGGGAGGUCGUCAAGUUAAGGCUGCCGUGGAAUGUAAUCUUCUCCCUUGGCUCUGCGUCUUUGCUCGCCCACUUGGCAGAGAAAUACAAGUUGGUGCAAAAACUCUUCAACAAGAUCAGUAAGACCAUCUGGCUCCACAAAAGCCCCUACCUUGGUCAGGCCUUAUUGACGACCAUAGCUGCUUGUUUGGCCGAAGUGAUCAGCAGUAACAGUCUGGCUGAACUACUCGUCCCAUCAGCGAUUGAAGCAGCCACAUUGUCGCAAGUCCACCCCGUUGUCUACGUUGUGCCUGUAGGGCUGGCAUCGUGCACCAACGUCCUUAUGCCCGUGACACUGCCCCUCUUGAUUCUGCGGGAAUACAUACACCUGCCAUGGAUACACGUGCUCUGCUAUGGGUUGCUGCUGAAGCUGAUCAUAAUCUCACUCAUAGUCAUAUCAAUGGACACGAUAGGAAUGCUCGUCUUUCACGUUGACAUGACGCAGAAGAAAUCCGAGGACCAUUACCUCAAUAUCACGCUUGUAUGACGCUGAUGAACGUUGUGGAGCCACGAAUUACCUAAGCGAUUGACGGUUCUUUUGUGGUCUGCAAUGGAAACGCAGGAAGUCUUUGAAUAUUGUCGGCAGCUAAACAUGCUCGUUAGUAUGUACAUGUGGGCAGCCAUCGCGUCUUGUCCCAUCCUAUACAGUUGACAAUACAAUCCAGACUACCCGU